UCCCUUAAUCAUUUAAAACUAAAAUAGCUAGACUUUCAAAAAACAUCAACAAGCCUCAUGCAACUAUAUAAUAAUGCAUCCAUGCAACAAGUCCAAACAAAACCAAGAAAAGUAAUCAAACAACCUAAUCUGCAGAAAAUAUCAUCAAACUAUGAACUAAGUUUACAUUUGGAAGAUAAUUAAUUAUACAUAAAAAAAAAUACUCGGUACUAACCAUACAAUUAGAAAGCGACGUAAAUCAUAGGACUUGGUCUUAAACCAUUUUCUUGUCCAAUUCUCAAAAAGACCACUUCUUCAAUUCUUUAAAUUUUUAUUAUUUUGAGGUUAAAUGCUAAAAUCAUCAGCCGGCAUGCCAUUAAUUCAGUUCGAUCGUUCAAAUUAACCAUCUCUGCUAUAACUUAACGCAAUCUCUGCUAAAUUGUCAAGCUUUUUUAAUGGCUAAUUAUAUUCUUUUAAUCAGUUUCAUUACACUCUCAAUCUUAGUUCACACUUCUUUAUCUCAGUCACCAUCGCCACCGCCGUUAAACGACACAUGUAACGGUGUUUACUUGUCCUACAGCUACACAGGAGGCCGCCCUCUCCCGCCAACUGAUGACUCAGCAAACCUACCCUACAGAUUUGAGUCUGUUAUAACGGUGCUCAAUAACGGACGUGAUGAGCUCAAGUCAUGGAGGGUUUUUGUUGGGUUUAAUCAGAGUGAGAUUUUAAUUUCUGCAACUGAUGCUGUGUUGGCUGAUGGUGAUUCGUUCCCUGCUUUUGUUGGGAACGGUACCGUUUUUGUUGGGUUUCCCAGAACUGACUUAAAGACGGCUAUUGAAACUGCCGGCGAUGUUACUCAGACGGAGGUCAAGGUGAUGUUGAUCGGAACCCGGUUUGUGAGUGGAAACCCGGAUGAUGAUGAUCCGUUACCUGCUAAUUUGACUCUUUCUAAUCAUGGCUAUUCUUGCGCUGCUCCGAUAAGACAAGGCAAUGAGCUGCAGCUUUGUUGCAUUAAAGAUUUGAAUGCUGCACCAAACAGUAUUCCUGAAGAUAAUUUUGAGCCUCGGGACGACGGUGAUCUUGUAAUUAUGUAUGAUAUAACAAGAACGUAUGACAAUGAUUAUUGGGCUCGGGUUUCAAUUUCGAACCAUAACCCUCUCGGUCGGCUCGAAAAUUGGAAAUUAAGCUGGGAUUGGAUGAGAAAGGAGUUCAUAUAUGAAAUGAAAGGAGCUCAUCCGUACAUUGUUGAUACAACAGAAUGCAUAUUUGGUGAGCAAGGUCAGCACUACAGGGGAAUGGAUUUUUCUAAAGCUUUGAGUUGUGCGGAAAGGCCUACAAUUGUUGAUUUGCCUCCAACAAGAGCUAAUGAUUCUAACAUUGGCUUGGUUCCUUUUUGUUGUCGAAACGGGACUAUUCUACCGCAUUAUAUGGAUCCGACCAAGUCUGCCUCGGUUUUUCUGAUGCACGUUUUCAAGAUGCCUCCGUAUUUGAACAGGACAAAGCUCGAUCCGCCACAGAAUUGGAAGAUCAAUGGCACCAUGAGUUCAGAUUAUCAAUGUGGAUCUCCGAUACGGGUAAGUCCGAGCAGGUUUCCUGAUCCAACUGGUUUGCCUUCGACAACAGCAGCAGUAGCUAGUUGGCAAGUUGUUUGCAAUUUAACACAUUUCAAGGAGGAGAAACCGAAAUGUUGCGUGUCAUUCUCUGCAUUUUACAAUGAAUCUGUUGUACCUUGCAGCACCUGCGCUUGUGGCUGCAAUAACAAUCCGAGUCAAACCUGCAAUGUCAAAGAACCGGCUCUUCUUCUGCCAUCUGAGGCUCUCCUCAUCCCAUUUGAGAACCGGACUCGUUAUGCUCUGAAAUGGGCUGAGAUGAAAAAAAGAACAGUGCCUAGUCCUUUGCCAUGUGGGGAUAACUGCGGAGUUAGCGUAAAUUGGCAUUUACUCUCGGAUUACAAAGGCGGCUGGACUGCCAGAAUCACCCUAUUCAACUGGGGUGAAACUAGCUUUGCAGAUUGGUUUGCAGCAGUUCAGCUGGACAAAGCAAUUCCAGGGUUUGAAAAAGUAUACUCCUUCAAUGGAUCUGUCCUGCAAAAUUCGAGCAAUACAAUAUUUAUGCACGGUUUUAAAGACUUCAACUAUCUCAUGGCAGAAAGGGAUGGUGACAAUCCGAGAAAAGAUCCACGGAUUCCUGGUUCACAACAAUCCGUGAUCUUAUUUACAAAGAAAACUACUCCGGGAAUUGAUGUGGCUGGUGAGGACGGGUUCCCAACUAAGGUUUUCUUUAAUGGCGAGGAAUGUGCACUUCCUGCAGUACGUCCGAGCAAUGGCGAAAAAACCAGUGCAGCAAUGAGUCUCCUCAGCCCUCUUCUAAUUCUAGCAGUCUUCUUGAUGCAAUGGUAAUAGAAGCCUUAUUGUUGUUUCUCUUGUAGCUAGUUCAAGUUCUGAUUCAUCAAUACUUUUAUACUUGUCUGACUGUAAAUCAAGUUCUAUAGAUCUUACUGUGUUACUCA